AUGGCGGUUCCUCCUCUCCGCGUCUGUCGCCGUACGACCGCCCUUUCUUCCAACCUGUUCUUUUUCUCCCUCUAUUCUCCUCUGUGUAGCUCUGCUUCUCGGUCUGCAGGCCGGGCGUCGCGCUCCGUUCUCGGCCUUCCCAUCCCGCCACUCGCAGCUUCCGCGCCGCCGGCCUCAGCGGCGGACUCGCUGCGUUCGUUUUUCUCUCUGUCUCGCCGGUGUUUGGCGUCAGAGCGUCCGUCGGUUUUCGCGUCUUUCGUCGCGACGAGGGUCGCCGCGAGCGGCACACGCACGCAGCGACUUGAUGAGCACUUUGUGUACCACAAAACGCUAGAGAAGUCGACUCGGAAGCGUGUCGCAGCCUCGCCAGGGCGUUCAGACCCCUGUGCGGCGGCUCUGCCGCUGUCGCGCCGAAUCCAGCACUCGUUCUUCCUGUCCGUGUUGACGCGGCGGAAGUCUUCGGCCGUCGCGCGGCUCGCGUGGAAGCUUUUUUUUUCCAGGUCUCCAGAGCGCCUUCUUGCAGCGAAGCGGAACGCCAGCGACGCCGAGGAGAACGGCGGCUUCAAAACUUUCGCGCAAGUUGAAGCGGAGAAGAAGGCGCGCAAAAAGGCAGAAACGAAGUUGCUCUCCGUCGCGCUCGGCUGCGGCGCAGUGACCGUCUCAAUCGCGGGCCUCGUCUACGUGGUCGCGACGUGGUACGAGCAGCCGCUGAUCAGAGUGGGGGAGACAACGCGCGAAACAGAGAAUCGCAGAGAACCGACCACGGUCGUUGCCUGAUCUAAGCACCGCAGGAAUAGAAACCUGUGAAACAGCGAGGGAGUUGAGGCGACGCAGACCACGCGAGCGACAGAAAACGGCCGCCUGCUGAGGCGAGAAUACACUCCCCACAAGGAGGUAAACAGUCCUGCCGCAGACAUGGUUACUGCCAGGACGGUGGCCCUGGAAGCCGAACGAAAGCGAGAAAAAACGAACAGAGCAGUCAGGGACGUGGCAGCGCGGAAGAAGACACUGCUUGGGUAGCGGAGAAGAAAGAUGAGAAUGGGGGUCUCAACAAGCACCGCCGAGAGGCAACAAAGUUCCCGAAGGACACGGAGGCGGGAAGCAAACAAGUAUGCUUCAAGGUGCGAAACAUAGACUCGCGCGUGUGGUAGACUGGGGAAAGAACAAAGGGUCCUCUGGUGCCGAUUCGCGGCGUGCACAUGCAGAAGAAAGACAAGGAAACACGAGAAAGAACAUGAGACAGACCCAGAAGGAGUCGGUGUUGAAAGUGUCUGGACCCCGUUCUGGAAAACGCGUAAACG